AGUAGGUGGGUUCGGUGAGCCCUGGCUCAGGUGACUCCUGGAAGUGGGUUGCUGGUGAUCAGCUGACCGGGUCUGUUUUUUUUCCAGGUUCAUUCAUUUACCCUGUUCUUUUUUUUGGUACCGUAUUUUUUAUUUUCAAGUAGUUUCUUAAAUACUAUAAGAAGGACGAAAAUGGACGACAGUCAGGACUUGUUCGUGGGUGAGGAUGGAAGGACACGGUCUGUGACAGUAGAUCUAUACAAUGACUCAUCCCUUCAAGUUGAGAUCUCAGAUGCAGUCAGUGAAAGGGAUAAGGUCAAGUUCACCGUCCACACCAAGACAAACCUUGCUCACUUCAAGAAGACAGAGUUCUCAGUGGUUAGGCAGCAUGAGGAAUUCAUUUGGCUCCAUGACACAUACUUGGAGAAUGAGGAUUACGCCGGCAUCAUUAUUCCACCGGCACCACCCAGGCCUGAUUUUGAGGCAUCUCGGGAGAAACUGCAGAAGUUGGGUGAGGGCGAUGGCUCCAUGACCAGAGAAGAGUUUGCCAAAAUGAAACAGGAGCUUGAAGCGGAAUACCUAGCCAUCUUCAAGAAGACAGUGGCAAUGCAUGAGGUUUUUCUUCAGAGGCUUGCAAUGCACCCCAUCCUGCGCAGAGACCACAACUUCUAUGUGUUCUUGGAGUAUGACCAGGAUCUAAGUGUACGAGGGAAAAACAAAAAAGAAAUUUUUGGUGGGUUCCUGAAGAACAUUGUGAAAAGCGCCGAUGAGGCCCUGAUCACCAGCAUGUCUGGACUAAAGGAGGUGGAUGAUUUUUUUGACCAUGAAAGGACAUUUCUUCUAGAGUACCACAUCAGGGUAAAAGAUUCCAGCUUAAAGGCUGACCGCAUGACCCGCUCACACAAAAAUGUUGCAGAGGACUACAUUCCAAUCUCCUCAGCUCUCAAUGUUCUGGGGACUCAAGAAAGCAGUGCAAUCAGCAGGAGCUUUAUUAAACUUGCUGAACUCUUUGAGAAACUGCGGAAAGUGGAGGGACGUGUGGCAUCUGAUGAAGACCUCAAAUUGUCAGACCUCCUUCGCUAUUACAUGAGAGACUCUCAGGCUGCUAAGGAUUUACUGUACAGGCGUGCACGUUCCCUGGCCGACUAUGAGAACGCCAACAAGGUGCUAGAUAAGGCACGUAUGAAGAACAAGGAUGUCAAACAGGCUGAAAAUCACCAGCUGGUCUGUUGUCAGAAAUUUGAAAAACUGUCUGAUUCAGCCAAGCAAGAGCUGAUAGAUUUCAAAGUUCGAAGAGUGGCAGCCUUCAGAAAAAACCUGAUUGAGUUAACAGAACUUGAGUUAAAGCAUGCCAAGGCCAGUUUACUUUUAUUACGAAACUGUCUAGUCUCUCUGAAAAUGGACCACUGACAUAGCACUGACUCUGGAUACGCCAACAAAUGUCUUUUUUUUUUAUUUGUUUCCAUUUGUUAUAAUUGUUACUGUAAUGAUU